AUGGUUGAAAUGAUUCAAUGUGUUUAUAAACAAGAUGCCAUGGUUUUUAUAAUAGAUGAUUCUAAGGAAGCCGAUCUGUGGUUACUUAAUAGCUGUACAGUUAAGGGUCCGGCUGAACAACAUUUUCGUAAUGCCGUGGAGGCUGGUCUCAAUCAGAAGAAAUAUGUGGUUGUGGCAGGAUGUGUGCCUCAGGCAGCUCCAAAAUCUAGUUAUCUGCAGGGUCUCAGCAUUAUAGGAAUACAUCAGAUUGACAGGGUGAUUGAAGUGGUCGAAGAGGCCCUGAAAGGUCAUUCUGUACGAUUAUUAGGAAUUAAAAAAGAAGGUGGUAAAAAGACUGGCGGUGCCUCUUUACAGUUGCCUAAAGUUCGAAAAAAUCCACUUAUCGAAAUUAUUCCGAUUAAUACAGGAUGUUUAAAUCAGUGUACUUAUUGCAAGACAAAACAUGCCAGAGGUGAAUUGGGUAGUUAUUCCAUUGAAGAGAUUGUAGCCCGAGCCAAACAGGCUUUUAAAGAGGGAGUGAAAGAAAUCUGGUUGACAUCUGAGGACACCGGAACAUAUGGCCGUGACAUUGGUGAGACGCUGCCCCGACUCCUGUACAAACUCGUCGAGGAGAUACCAGAUGGUUGCAUGCUGAGGUUAGGCAUGACCAAUCCUCCAUACAUUCUGGAAUAUCUAGAAGAUAUGGCAAAGAUUCUAUCUCACCCUAGAGUCUAUUCGUUUCUCCACAUUCCUGUGCAGUCAGGUAGUGAUCUGGUGCUGACCGACAUGAAGAGAGAGUAUUGUAUCGACGAUUUUCGGCAUGUGGUUGACUUCCUAAGAGAAAGAGUGCCCGGUAUCACAAUAGCCACCGACAUCAUAUGUGGCUUUCCAACUGAAACAGACAAGGAUUUUGAAUGUACUAUGAAAUUGGUUGAACAAUACAAGUUUCCAAGUUUGUUCAUUAAUCAGUUUUAUCCCCGUCCGGGUACUCCAGCAGCAAAGAUGAAAAGGAUACCUGCACAGGAGGUAAAGAAGCGUACUAAAAGAAUGACUGAACUGUUUCAAACCUACACUUCGUACGAUCAUAAGAUGGGAGAGAUGCAGAAGGUGUUGGUGACAGAGGUGUCUCAUGACAAGAACUAUUACGUUGGCCAUAAUAAAUUUUAUGAACAGGUGCUUGUACCAAAAAAAGAAGAAUAUUUAGGUACAACCAUAAAUGUUCGGAUCACAAAGACAGGAAAACACUACAUGAUGGGUCAGCCGCUAGAAAUCGAAUCCGUGGCAGAACCGAUUGGAGUUUCUUCAAAUGAAAAUAUUAACAAGAAAGAAGAGAAGCAUGCAAUUUCAGAAUCUCUUAAAUGCAAAUUGAAGGAAUGUUAUCAACAUCCUUUAUUUUCUUCUAUCUGGUUAUAUUCUUUUAUUAUUAUUCUUAUACUCGCCUUAAUUAUUAAAGCGUACAAUUAUACUUCAACAAGAUGAUGAAUAUAAAAAAAUAUAAUUUUUGUGCUUGUUGAAAAAAUAAAUAUUUUAUUUAUUUCAA